UCCAACAAACUCUGGUUGCUCUAUUUUGGCAAGUCAUCCACUUUUCUACUCUGCUUCCCAAAGUUUAAGAUUAUUUUAAUUCUGAAAAUGCAAAGCUGGUUUGCAAGAUUGGGCUCCGACGAUGCGGGCGGGGGACAAGAGCUCCAGCGCCAAACGACGCCGUCUUUGCUCUCCGAUUGGAACUCCUACGCUUCAUCACAAGAGAGCAGCAGUAGCUCCACCAUCGCCGGAUUCGAUCUCGAAUCCGCCGUUAGUUAUGCCAACGACAGCGUUUCCGGCACUUUCGACGUGGUCACAAAAGGAGUGAGAGACUUGCCAGGGAAUUUUCAGUCUGCCACUAGUAACAUCCCUUCAGGAAAAUUUCUCAUGUAUUUUGGCUUACUUUUAGCCACUGGAGUGUUCUUUAUCUUCAUGGCAUUUACUUUAUUCCUGCCGGUUAUAGUUUUGGUGCCCCAAAAAUUUGCACUAUGUUUUACCCUCGGAUGUGGAUUUAUUAUUGGUGCAUUCUUUGCUCUUAAAGGUCCAAAGAAUCAAUUUCUACACAUGUCAUCAAAAGAGAGACUCCCUUUCACAUUAGGAUUCAUAGGCUCCAUGAUCGGUACCAUUUAUGUGUCCAUGGUGCUUCAUAGCUACAUUCUCUCUGUAUUCUUCUCAGUCCUGCAGGUUCUUGCACUUGCAUACUAUGCCAUCUCCUACUUUCCUGGAGGAUCUGCUGGACUCAAGUUCCUCUCAUCUUCACUGUUUUCUUCAGUCCUAAAAUGUUUUGGCAGGUGACAUUGGCAUAGACACAUACUACGGUAGCUUCAACUAUAGAUGUUGGGAUAAGAGAACUUACACACGAUUUUAUAUGCUAUUUUUUGCGGGGAAACGAGUGCUUUAA